UAAUAUUAGGUCAUUACCUAUGAAAUUGGCGUUUUGUUCAGAGAAUUUCAACGAAACACGAAUUUCCAUACAAUUAAUAUUGCGGAUAUUUUUUUGAUGGCUAAUUCAAACCAAACAAAAUUUUUCCAGUAAUUUUUGACACCUUUAAGGUAUGUUUUCAAUAUCUCCAUUUCUUGAAAAUUGGUACCAUUAGAAAAAUAUAAGUAAUUUUAAUACUCGAACCGACAGCACAUGAAAAGACCUAUUUUCAAGGCUUAAUUCUGAACACUUAACAAUAAAAAAUAACAAUUAAUUGCUGUCAAGCAGUUUGGCGAAAUCAUAUUGUAGUUUUAUUGUAAUUGUGUAUGUACUUUUGUAAAAAAAUAAAAAACUAGGAUCAGACUUAUAUCUAUGAACAAAAACGCCAAUUUCAUAGGUAAGGACCUAAUAUUAUAAAGCGUUUGAAUGACACAAAUGGAUAACCAUGUAUGUAUUCACACGAAGGCGGUUUUUAAGCGCGGCGCUUUUUUAUCGAGCACUGUUCGAUUUUCGGCGUUGAGCGUUGGCGUCAAAUUGAAUAGACCAUACGGAAAUCCGUGUAUCUGUUCUCACAAGCGUUGAAAAAGCGCCGGCGCUGCUGUCAGUUGGCUGUCAAGUGUCAAUUUUUGGUGUCAAUCGUCAAGAUUAUUAUUAGUUUCACCUUAAAAAUGUCAACUUAUGCUUACAAAUUCCUGAAAUAUUCAAGCUAUAUUCAAAUAAUACGUCGUAAUAGCAAAUAAAGUAUGGCUUUGCUGAGAUGCGUACGUGGCAGUACGACUCACAAGUGAUUUUUAAGCGUUCAUAUGAACACAAAUAUUGGAAACGGUAAAAAAGCGCCAACGUCGGGUUUUAACGCAACGCUUUUUAAGCUGUCGUGCGUAUGGGGCCUAGGAAAAGGGUGCGUUGCUCAAACUAACUACAAUAAAAUCUCAAAAAAACGUACAUUGAAAUUUCUUUAUCUUCCUAUAGAGUCUGUGCGGAAAGAGAAGAGCAAAGAGUUGUAUAAUAAAUAUAUCCAGAGAAGUGUCGUGGAAUGUAUGGGGCCCCAUGUGGACGGAUUCAAGCGCUUUUUUAACGUGCGUUGAAAAAGCUCUCGUGUUUAUGGGGCCUAAUACUUAAUAUAUCAUGUCUGUGGUGUGGUAUCUGUCAAUGUCAAGUAUGUAUUUUUAGGAUUUGAGGUGAGGUUACUUUGUUUUGUUACCUAAUUUGUUUAUCAAAAAACAAAUCAACCACGAAACAAAGUCACGAUCAAUUUUGUUUUAUUUACUUUUGAUAUAUACAUUCCCUUCAGAUGGCUAUAUCACUUGCUUAGAGUGGUUAGAAGGUGAACUUUCUGUUAAUAAAAUUGUUAUUUCAUAUACACAUUUCCGUCGUGGAAAUUUGCCAGACGAAGGGCUACUUGUAGGGAUUAGCGAGCACACAAACAACAUAGCGGUUGCCGUGAUGGACGUGAUGUACGCGUGUCGCUGCUGCCUGCGGUGUCCUCCGGACAAGAACCUGACGACGCCGUACACACAUCUCGGCAGAACGGAGAUAUAUGCCGACAUGAUCAAAGAGUGCUUCGAUAUACAUCUGGCACUAGGCGGCUCGGACUCGUGUGGCAUCUGCUCGGCGUGCGUGGGCCGCCUGCGAGGCGCGAGCGACUUCAAGCUGCAAGUGCAAAACAGCCAGUUGCUUCUGCAGGAGGCACUGCUAGUUAAAGAGGAGUCUACGGUCAAAAGUGAGCUGGCUGAUGAUGCGGAUGAAGACCCUGUCUCCGAUGCGUUAUACGAAGUGCCCAUAAAGUUGGAGUUGGAUACGCUUGAUGAAGAUGAGACGGGAAAAGUGUUGGCUGCCCAAACUCAACCUUUUGGGUGAAAUUGCCCUCCAAAGUGACUCCGUAGAACUUGUGCUUUUGUUUCGGAUUCGGCAGUUUGCCCCGGAACCACUAACAUACCCUUCGGCCAGAAGCGCACACGAUGUCAUCAUCAUCUCAGCCAUAAGAUGUCCACUGCUGAACAUAGGCCUCCCCCUUUGGGGGGGUGAAUGCCAUAAUCGCCACGCUUGGCAGGCGGGUUGGCGAUCGCAGUCGAGUACACCGAAUUUGAGGGACGCUGCUGCCCGUCCACCGGUGGUCUUGGACGUAGUUUAAGGACAUACCCGGGUCCCGGGGCACUCGAUGUAAUCCAUACUAAUCCAUACUAAUAUUAUAAAGGCCAAUGUGUGUCUGUCUGUCUGUCUCUCUGUUACCUCUUCACGCUUAAGCCGCUGAACCAAUUUAGUUGAAAUUUGGUAUAGAAAUAGUUUGAGUCCCGGGGAAGGACAUAGGAUAGUUUUUAUGUCGGAAAUCAUCUCUGAAGAGAGUGCAAAGGGGGGUGGAAUUGAAAGAGUUAAUGCAUUGCCUAAUAAUUGAAGUAAGCAAUGCGAAUUGAUUUUUAUUUCAUUUCAUUCAUUUCAUUAUCCAGGUGCUAUACCUACUUUAGCUGCUGUCACUAAUUCCACGCAGACGAAGUCGCGGGCAAAAGCUAGUUUAGUAUAAAGCGUGUAUCG